AUGGCUAGAUGGGAUGAGAUUCUGUCACUUCCUGUACAGAACCCUCCGAUGUUAGAGUUCUCUUCUGGUGAUCUUGUAUGGACAAAGGUGGAAGGUUGGCGUGACAAUAUAGACAGAGUCGCUUUGAUUCCCUUUGCCAGAGUGGAUGACUUUGUGCGUGGUGAAUCCUCCAAUAAGGACUGCCCGACAAGGUUUCAUGUUGAAGCAAGAAGACGUCGGCCUCCAGAGGCACCUUACAAACCAAAGGUGGAUGGCAUUCUUGAAUAUAUCCUGUACUGGUGUUCAUUUGGCCCUGAUGAUCACCGAAAAGGUGGCAUUGUUCGGCCCAGCCGGAAUACUUACAUUCCAAAAAAGAAAUCUGCUGGACGGCCAAACACAAAGAGAGGAUGCACCUGCCACUUUAUAGUGAAACGCUUAAUUGCCGAACCAUCAGUUGCUCUUAUAAUAUAUAAUCAGGACAAACAUGUGGAUAAGAAAGGGUUGCCUUGCCAUGGCCCGCAGGACAAGAAGGCUGUGGGAACUCGUGCUAUGUAUGCUCCAUACAUCUCAGAGGAUCUCCGCCUCCGUGUCUUAUCACUGUUAUAUGUGCGGAGACUGGAGAGGAGUAUCAGGCGUUCUACGUUUGAAUUGGAUGUGGAUGACGCAGUCAGUAUCAGCAUGUGGGUUGAAAGCCACCAGAAUCAUGUUUUCUUCUAUGAAGAUUUCUCUGAUUCUGAUCCUUUUGUCUUGGGUAUUCAAACAGAAUGGCAGUUGCAACAAAUGAUACGAUUUGGUAACCGAGGCCUUGUGGCUUCUGAUUCAAGAUUUGGAACAAAUAAAUUGAAGUACCCUAUUCACAGUCUUGUUGUGUUCAACUCGCACAACAAGGCCAUUCCAGUAGCUUGGAUAAUAGCACCAAGGCUUGCUUUUCCAGAUCCCCAUAGAUGGAUGAGGGCUCUUUAUAACAGAGUUCAUACAAAAGAUCCUUCAUGGAAGUUGGCUGGUUUCAUAGUGGAUGAUCCUUUGGCUGACACCCUCACAAUCAGGGAAAUAUUUCAAUGUUCUGUAUUAGUAUCUUUUUGGCGUGUUCGUCAUGCAUGGCAUAAAAACUUAAUGAAGAGAUGUUCAACAGUUGAGAUGCGUGCUGUGAUAUCUAGGCAGCUUGGUCAGGCUUUUCACAACAUCUGCAGGGGACAGGGAUCCAUGGAUUUAUUUGAGAAUUUGAUGGAAGACUUCAUUGAUGCAUCAGAUUUUGUGGACUAUUUUAAGGCAGUCUGGUAUCCUAGAAUAGGUGCUUGGAUAACUGCCCUCAGAACUCUUCCUCUUUCAAGCCAAGAGACCUCUACAGCAAUGGAAUUCUAUCACAACCAGAUGAAGCUGAGAGUACUAAAUGAGAAAACCCCUCGCAUUUACCAACGUGCUGACUGGUUGGUGGACAAGUUGGGCACUAAAGUUCACUCCUACUUCUGGCUUGAUGAGUACUCGGAAAAAGAUGAUUUUGCCCGGUACUGGAAGAAUGAGUGGAUGAGUGGCCUAACCUCAUGGCGCAAGUCUUUAAAAAUUCCAGACUUGGACGUCGUCCUAAAUGGGAAUUCCGCAAAAGUCAUUGACCAGGAAGAUCGGGACAAGAUUCAUGUGCUGUUGAACCCGGCUUCAGAGUUUGCCAUAUGCGAUUGCAGGUGGGCGGAGAUGGGCAACCUCUGUGAGCAUGUGAUCAAGACAGUAAAGCUUUGCCGUGAUAAAGGGCUGGGAUUGCCUUCUACCAGUAUGUUUCAGUACAAUCAGGUUUUGAUUGAUUUGUUGCAUUGUCCACCGCAUGAUUCUUUGAUUCGGGAUCAUGCUGUUUCUCUUUCCGUUUGGGUUCAGGGGCAGCUAAAUGCACUAGAUGAUGUAGAAGGUAGACAAAGCAAGAGUUUGGAAAACCCGGUUGCUUCUUGA